AUAUUCAUACAAUCCCUGCGCAUACAGUCAACAGUAGUUGGUCUAAAGAGUGCAGGGUGCAGUAGUGGAUGUAGGAAUAUCUUCUGUUCAGUACCAGCAGCACCACACCUCUGUUGGAUAAUGACCUCUACAGCCCAGCAGCUGCUGCACUCCCAGCGGGAUGUGCUCCUGGAGUGGACACGUGUCCACCCUGCCCCCCUACUACGCUGGCUAUGUGACGCCAGGGUACUUUCUCACGCCCACUACCUGUCCCUGCUGGAGCGUUCGCCCUCCAAUGCCGUUGCGCAGGCCCUGGAGACGGUGUGCGCAAGUGAGGAGAGCAGCCGCGGCUUCCUGCAGGUCCUGAGGGAGGUGCAGGACUACUACUGUGAGGAGCUGCAGGUCUGGGUGGAGAGACACUGCAGGGAGAGGACAGAAGGGAUGAAGGAGGCCAAACCGGUUAGAGUGGAGGAGAAGAAAAAGCCAAAAAGCCCCAUUUCAAAACUGUUCAAAGGCAAGAGUAAAUUCACUGUGACCCCUGAGGUCAAAGUUGAGGAAGGGUUGAAACCUCGGUGGAGUGUAAAAUCUUCUCAUCUCAGAGUUCCCCUUUCAGCUCACAGAAAUACCCUUCUGGAACGUACAGAACGACUUACAUCUUACGCAGAAGGGGGAGGACAGGCCGCCAACUCUGCUUCUCACAUUGAGAUCCGAUACACUGAUCUCUUCGUGACUGAGGACAACGAGUCAUUUGACAGCAGCCAGCAUGAGUACUUCACCCUGGCCAGUCGACGGGCACGCAUCUACGCCCACCAGGCCUGCCAACGCAUCUGCCCUCGCCACCUCCUGAGCCCCCAAGGCACCACAGGGCGCCCACCUAAGCGGGUAAAGGUGAAGGGCAUUGCUGGCAUCGGCAAGAGCGUGGCAGUGCAGAGGCUGGUCUAUGAGUGGGCGCUGGGGAAGCACAUGCGUGAGUUCACCUGUCUGUUUGACCUCCGCUUCCGCGAGCUGAACCUGAUCAAAGCCCCGCUGAGCUUACUGGACCUGCUCGAAGACCGAUUCCGCUACUUCAAGACUGUCCUGCCAGACCUUCUGGCCUCACCAGGUCCCUUGCUCUUCAUUCUGGAUGGGCUGGACGAGUUUCAAUACCAACUGGACUGGAAUGCUCCUGACAGUGACAUCGGCGUGGACUCCAAGGUGCCUGUAUCAGAGCUGAUAAUUGCGUUGAUCAAGGGGAGUCUACUCCCAGAAUCUUCUGUCAUCCUGACAUCCAGGCCUUCCACGGAUGCUCCUAAGCGGUUCUUCCAGCGUUGCUGCGUGGUCCUGGGAUUCGAGGAGGACCAGGUGAAGGAGUACACCUCCAAGUUCUACAAGGACCCCGAGGUGUCUGAGAAGGUGUACAACUACAUUCUGGACAAUGACAACCUCUUUGUGCUCUCCUUCAUCCCUCUCUAUUGCUAUAUCAUCUGCACCGCCUUGGCUGAGUUCUUCUCCAGUCAGGAAGAUAGUGACUCACGGUCUCUAGAGUUGAACCCACCUAGGACAGUCAGCGAGGUUUACUACUGCUACCUGUUUACAGCCAUCAAGCACCAUGCGCUGAAAGGUAAGGCGAAGAGGAACAUCCUCAGAUCGGAGGUACUUUCUCUAGUUAGGCAACAGCUGACGAACCUGGGGAGAUUAGCUUACGAAACCCUUCUAAAGAGUAAGAUCAUGUUCGACAUACAGGACCUGGAACGUUAUGGUCUCACGCCAAUAGAUAUACAGAGCACCUUCCUCAGUCAGAUCCUGGUGCCUCUGAAAGAGGAGAGGGUGGAGAUGUUUUCCUUCUUCCACUUGACCGUCCAGGAGCAUCUGGCCGCCCUGUACUGUGCGAUCAACCUCUCAAAGCAGGGUCACAUAAUCCAGGCUCUGGACUUCUGGUGCUUUGGUGAGAUCCCCCCACCUUCCAGCUACCCAACUCCCCUACUGAGCCAAGACCUCCACCUGGACCAGACUAGGGUGGAGAACCUGCAGAUGUUCACUCGCUUCUUCAUGGGACUUCUCCGGGCCAGGCUGGGAGGGCAGUUAGAUGGGCUGGUGCUGGCCCCUCUGGAGGUGGGCUUGGAGGGGGAGGAUAUCCCCAACAGGCUGGGUAUCUGGUUCCAGAACCAGUUUAAAGGUAGGCAGCUAGCCAACCAGACGGCGCUGAACUUGCUCCACUGUUUGAUGGAGCUGCACAUGAAGGAAGUCACCAGCAAGGCGUCUCCAGAGAUCCAGAGUCUGAACCUGUUCAAGAUUAAGAUGAGCGUGGUGGACUGUGCAGCAUUACACUAUGUGUUGCAGUUCUCCCCACAUAGGCUCGAGGAGCUCAAUCUGGGAUACUCCAACAUCGGAAACAGAGGUCUUAGCAGGCUAGCUCCAAUAUUGCACCGCUGUGAAUCUCUUUAUCUGCGAUAUAACUGUCUGGAAAGGGAGGCAGCAAUCCUGGAAUCUGCAGUGUUGAAAUCAAACGAGUGUCAGGUGAAGAAGCUUUUUAUGUGCGGUAACAACUUGGGUCCAGAAGGGGUUCUGGAGCUGUGGAAGGCCCUGGAGCAGAACAUUACACUGGAGGAACUCUACUUGGACAUCACUGGCAUCACAGAGAGAGGAACAGAGAACAUUGUCAAUUGCCUCAGCAAGAACACCUCUCUGAAAACACUGACCAUCGUGGGGAAUGACAUUGGGGAGGUGGGGAAGAGGAGGCUGAGGGAGCUAGGGCAUCGACGGCCGGGGCUCCAGAUCAUUGGGAACUUUGUGGACGACCUAGGACUGCUAAACGCCUACCUGGACUGGGUAGAGGAGAUACGGGAUGACCGGGACCAGAUGGACUCAGUGAAGAACGCAGAUGCCCUACAGUCCAUCUUGAAGGGGCUGAGGGUGGGAGCAGGUGGGGAGAAUGGGGAGGGAGGGGAAGGAGAGAACACAGCCAAAGCCCUGGAGCUGGAGACCAAGAUCUUGGAGCUUUUGAACGCUCCCACUCACCUGGCUGGAGUGAGAUGACUUCACUUAACCUUUUGCUCUGUGAGGAGCACAGGUUAUCCACAAAAUGAGAUGACUGAUCAAGUCUAAAUGGGCAAAAUAAAAUGCAACCACACCUUUGCAUCGUCACAAAACCAGAGAACAACCCUUGUCCAGUGAAUUCCACAAAGCAAGCAUAUUGCAUGUAACAAACUGUUACAUGACCUACAGCAUGGUCAAGCAAGUGAAUGUUUCCAAAAUGUUCUGACAACUAUUGAUUCAGAACCACAGAGAGUUACCACGAGUCUCAACGAAAACAGGACCUGACUCCACUAUUCCAGCACCAUUUCAACUUCAACACUUCAACCACAUCAAAUCACAUGUUCUUAGUUUAACACAGUGACAAUUAAAAGAUACCAAAAACUAUUUAGUCCAUUGAGCAAAAUAUGAUGUGGCUGUCCAUGGUUCUAAUUUCUGUGUGUUUUUUGUGUGUGUGUGUGCAAUUGCAUGUAAUUAAAUAUGUUGACUCACCCUACUUGUUGAUAAAACGGUCAACCACUCUGUCA